CUGCAGCGUACAACAUUCCGGAACCGAGGUCAGCUAGACCGAGUGCGGCGCCGUCGUCGUCCAUGCGGUGGGGAGAGGGUCGUAAUACUACGCCGACACUUCCACGACAUGACUCGUCUCUACCAAUACAUGGGCAGACAUCACAGGUAAAUGCUCCAGAUGUAGGUUCGACACCCGAACAGACUCAUUUCGUGGAGCAGGAUGCAUAUACAGCAUAUGGCGCACACAUUCAAGGAUCUCAGCCAUAUCUGCCCACGCGAGGGAUUAGGAUGCCCGAGGAGAAUCGUUGGGCUGAGACAAGCGAGGGAGCACAAAGCUACAACAGCGGUCAGGAAAUUAAUGAUCCAUCAUGGGGAGAUGAACAUACCCAGCGUGGCGUACAGAAAGAAAUACUCACAGAAACCCAUGAUACUCAAUGCACGCUCCCAGGAAUGAUAAAUGAUUUUUUCGGGCAGGAUGUUAUUGGUCCAUCUUACAUCAAUUCUGAGUCACAACCAUUCACCUAUAAUUUAGAAUCAUCAUCUCAAUAUGGAUUUCAGACUCCACCACCUAUGCAUGAGUCGCAGACACAGGAACACGAGGGACAGUACGGUCGUGGUCUUCGUGAACACAGACCCCCUGACCGAUUGUCACCCUCCGGUCGUCGGGCAAGGCCAGCUGGUCGUCGUCGCAUAGGGUGA